AAGCCCAAUGUGCAAGAGCAAGCCAACUUCCUCCAUUUGUCCUUCAGUCCAGUAACUCACCUUCCAUACCUACCUGCCUGCCUGCCUACCUUACCUUAGCAGUCAGUGUCCAAGCAGCUCCACGUCUACGCCUAGACCUAGACCUAGACCAAACAUCUACCUCUUGUCCACUCCCAACUCUUUUUUUGGACGGAUAUUGACACUACAAACUCACAAACAGACUGCUAUUAUUACCAGUCCCUACCAGCCCGGUCCAGUGCGUUCCUUUUUUUUUGCCACUGGCGCUUGUUCGUCGACGUCUGUAGCUGCCUUGCCGCGCCCUGCCUCGUGUCUUUGAGCCUUGCAUUCAUCGCUACGCAUUGAUUUGCCUUGCACUGCCGUCGACCCCCUCCGCCCUCCCAGCUCCCUCGUUUUGACGCCUUGACGCCCACCGCCGCCGCUACAAGUCAGCACAUACCUACCUAGAGUACAGCAUCCGUACCUACCUGCCUCCAUUACGUUUUCUGGUGCUGCUACUGGUACUGCCACUGCCGCCGCUUUCGCUUGGUCACAGCUCUUUGCUCCAUCAAGCCACCCCCUCCUCCGUCUCUCACCUUCGCCUCUGUUUUACUACCCGUGAAGACGACCUCGACCUCACAACCUCCAACCACCUUGGAUAUAUCGACACUGCAUCUUGUGAGCCUCAUUACCGACCACCCCCUCUUUUCUCCACCCUCCCCCUCUCCGGUCCGUCGGUCGCUUGGUUCGUGUUUCUCUCCUGCGAGACCCAAUCUCUCUCCUCUUUUAUCGACUCUACCUUUUGUCGAUUUACUCGACGUCGCCAUCAUCAUGGCUGGACGAAUGGUGCUAUACAAGUUGGUGGUUCUGGGAGAUGGUGGUGUGGGAAAGACAGCUCUUACCAUUCAGCUAUGUUUGCAGCACUUUGUUGAGACUUACGACCCCACGAUCGAGGAUUCAUACCGAAAGCAGGUUGUCAUCGAUAGCCAACCUUGCAUGCUCGAAGUACUCGAUACCGCUGGGCAGGAGGAAUAUACGGCACUACGGGAUCAAUGGAUCCGUGAUGGCGAAGGCUUCGUUCUUGUUUACAGCAUCUCAUCACGAUCCUCCUUCACUCGCAUCAAACGAUUUCACCAUCAGAUCCAACGAGUCAAAGAAUCGUGCGCUUCGUCGCCGUCUUAUCCCGGGUCUCCUAUCUCCGCUGCAAACCCGCAGUUGCCCGUGCCCAUUAUGCUUGUCGGUAACAAGAGCGACCGAGUCACUGAGAGAGAGGUCUCAACGCAAGAAGGUCAUGCUCUCGCCCGUGAGCUCGGCUGCGAGUUUGUAGAAGCUUCGGCCAAAAAUUGCAUCAACGUUGAAAAGGCGUUUUACGACGUUGUUAGGAUCCUACGUCGUCAACGACAACAAGCCUCACGCCCCUCGGAAAGAUCGAGCGGUCGGACGCGAACAGGCAACGGAGAUGCGAGGGGCGGCGAUCGAGACGAAAGACACAGAAAUAGGAACAAGGACCGAAGCAAGUCCAAGUGUGUGGUAUUAUGAGUGGAUACGUCCCAUUACGGAUUGGAAAUCUAUCAGUUAAGAGGAGGAAAAUGAGGCGAACGAGUAGACCGAUUCGCCAACGACAACAGGCCAACGUCAAGAAAUACGCAUGAGGCGAUCCCUCAUCUCUCUUGACAGAGGAUAUGCCCAAUGAUUUGAAGAUGAUUGGUGAGAUACCGUGGGAAGUAUGGAGAAGAUAAGAUCAGAGACGGGCUUUAUUACUUUUCUGCGAUUUCUAGAUGGCCAAUUGCCCAACAAGCAGGGCGACAUGACGACGCAGCAUCGAAUGACGAACCAAAGCAGAAGCAGAAGCAGUUCCGCACCGGCGCACGGCGUACGAACAAAAAGAGGCAUAUUCUUGGGGCGCUAGGUUAUCUGUUGACAUUUAUACUACUAUUUGUUUUGCAAAUUUACGACCAAAAUUUGAAUGGCAUUCCUCUGCAACCAGCAACCUAUCAGCUGGCUCUCACAUCCGUGCGGAAACAUCUCCACUACUUAAUCGAGGGUUUCCAUUUACAUAUGAUUUCGGGUUAAUCGUCAACUUUUCGGAGAUAAUAUCUUGGUAUGGGGUUGGAAAUUCCCAACAUCAAUCAACCCACUACAGAAUAGAGCAGCGAUAAAAGAAUGUCCAUCAAUCCUGAUUCGCAUCUCGGGUCAUGUUUUUUUUUUUACUUUCAACUUGCCUUUGGAUGAUUUCCCGAGUCAUUCCGACGCAGUGUCUAACCUCAUGAAAUUGUGAGUCGUAUACAGUGAGUAAUCUACAUUUGUUUAAGCAAAGACUAGUAGUGGCAGUCACGUCACUAUCACGAACAGGUGAUAUUCGCAAAACCCGAGCUCCUUCUGAUAGCCUGGCCCGGACUAGGACCCCGUCAGAAAGGUACUAGAUGUUUGUUCUAAGGGGAAAAAAAGGGACCCAACAAAGAUGCAACGGCCGAUUUCCCCUCCCUUUGGUGUCUUGUGUCAUGUUGGCUCAUUUACCAAGGGCAUGAAAACGGUGUUAGCCCCGUUAGCAUCGGCGUACCUUGGCAUCUAUCGAGCAGGACUCGGAACCAUGUUCCCUGCCGGUGGACUUUAAAUGCGAGCCUUGAUGCUUAGGAAGCACAGAGCUGAUCGGAGAUGCUAUCUCAUCUAUCGUCAUUAUACAAAAGGCUACUCCCUGUUAUUGUUCUAACUUUGCUUCAAAAAUUCUUGCAACACACGCGGCAUAGCCCUACGACGACCUGAAUGAAGACAGAAAUCCAGUAAAGUAAAGAUCGAUCUUGAUAGCGAAAUUGGUGGGGUUUGCUAGUGUGCAAACGUGGGUGGGUGAUAUGAAUGGGGUGUUGUUGCAGUUGAAAAUGGACGAGUUCGCACUACGCUACAAGUAGAUGUUCAACCACAAAGGUUCCCCAUCAGCAAUGGAGACGCUGUGGAAUACUUCUGUUCAUGAGCAGCUACAGUAGCUCAUCACUUACUGUCCUUGGCUGGAGGAUGGCCAUUGUAUACACCACUCCCACGCUUCCCGGGUUAUGUGAUAGUUAUCAAAUCAUUCACCCCACGUAAUUGUCAUGAACCAUGACACUUCUCAACGACGCCAAAGAGUAAAGCGUG